AUGUUGAAAAUUAUCGGUUUGUGGCCAGAAGAAAACAAAAAUCAACGUGAAGAAUUACUGUCGAAGAUUCGAUUUCUAUUGAAUGUUAUUAUGUUAAUUAUCGUGUUGACUAUACCGGCUUUAAUGUCACUGAUAAGAGUAUGGGGCGACAUGAUUUUAAUGAUAGAUAAUUUACAAUACACCCUGCCUCUUUUGAUAACGACGUUGAAAGUCUUCAUCAUGUGGUACAACAAAGGAGCUUUGUCGCCGUUGAUUAACAUGAUUGUGAAAGAUUGGAUAAAAGUGAAAAUGGAAGAGGAGCGAAUCGUCAUGCUAAAACAAGCCAGAAUCAUCCGCUUACUUGCUAUUUGCGGAGCACUUAUGAUACUUUCUACGUUGGUAAUAACGUUUGGCUCUUUCCUUUUUGGCAAGACACUUAGGCACGUAACAAAUUAUACCGAUCCAAUUGGAAAGCCUUUGCCAAUCCAAACAUACUAUCCACACGAUGUAUCUAACAGUCCAAAUUUUGAAUUAACAUAUUUGAUACAAGUAAUCGGGCUCACUACAUCCGGUCUCUCUUAUACCGCAGUCGACAACUUCCUUGGACUUCUGAUCUUACAUAUAUGUGGCCAGAUGGAGAAUCUGCGUCUGCGACUAUUGAAUUUGGGAAACGAUUCAAAUUUCAAUGCGAUUUUAAAAUACAACGUGAAAGACCAUAUUCGUUUGAUCAGAUCUAUAGAAACCAUUGAUAAUACAUUCAAUUUAAUGCUACUCGGUCUGUUAUUCUUUUUUGGAAUACUGUUUUGUUUUCAUGGAUUUCUAAUAAUCAAUGUAAGUAAACAUAACAGGACAGCAUACAUAUAUAAUAUCACUAAAGAUAUUAAGCUUAUUAUAAUUAGUUAA